AUGGAGCCAAGCAAAAUGUACAAUCUAGUCCAAUCUCGCUAUAGCGAACUAGCCUCCCGAUCCUUCACCGAGCACACAGCGGUCGCUGAAAACGUGGCCAAAGCCUUCGGGUACCGCCCAUCGGAGUUACGCUCCAUCCCCCCAAACGCGAAUAUGGGCCUGAGUUGCGGGAACCCCGUUGCAGUAGCCAAUCUGCAAGCAGGCGAAGUCGUGAUCGACCUGGGCAGCGGUGGAGGCAUGGACGUUUUGCUCGCGGCACAGAAAGUCGGGCCCACGGGGAAAGCAAUCGGGGUGGAUAUGACGCGCAACAUGAUCGAGCUGGCGCGCGAGAACGCCAAGAAAGCCAACGCAUACAAUGCAGUCUUCCUCGAGAGCGCCAUCACGUCGAUUCCACUGCCGGAUGCCACGGCAGACUGCGUGAUCAGUAACUGCGUGGUGAACCUGGUGCCGACGGCGGAGAAACCGCGGGCGUUCAGGGAGAUGUUUCGUCUGUUGAAGCCUGGGGGUCGUCUCGCCAUGACGGAUAUUCUCGUUUGGAAGCCGCUCCCGGACGGGAUGGCGAUGGAUUUAUCCUUGUAUGUUGGUUGUAUUGCGGGAGCGAGUCGCGUGCAGGAGUAUGAGGAGUAUUUGCGGAAUGCGGGUUUUGAGCAGGUUAUGAUUGUCGAUUGCCAGAAGGACCUUAAUAUCUACAAGGAGGUAUUUGUUGAUCAGGAUGAGGCUAGCUGCGGGUGUUGUCAAUCUGGGGCUGGGGGCUCAUUGAAGUCAGGUCAGUCGAUUGCAGAGAGAGCGGAAGUUAAUCUGAAUGAAUGGGCUGGCUCGUUUGAGAUCUAUGCCCUCAAGUCAUAG